AUGUCUUCUUCCUUGUACUCACUUGUUUUCACCCUAGUGCUGUUUGCUGAGUGCAGCACUCUCUGGGCCAACAUGGCCUUGCCCGCAGGCACUGUAUCUGAAGAAACGUCAGAGCAGGAAAGCCUGAGCUCAAUGCUGGGUGACGAUGCGGUCAGUGACGGGAGCGCUGGAACUCUCCCUUCCAGAAGACACCCAACCAUGGAUGGACGAUUGGCCGAUGAAGAGGGGCGAAAAAGGAUCCUCAUUCUCCCAGAUGUGGGCUUGAGGGGCUCCAGCAGAAGUGAUCUGAGAUCAGGCUUAGCACGUGCCUUCCCUCUGCUCUCCCUGCCCAACACUGAUCGAGCCACCAGAGGCCUUCAUCUGCAGGACCUGCACCGCAAGGCUGAUGAUGUCAACCCUGUAGGACGGAGAGACUUGGACGGUAAGUUGCUCAGAUGCAUGAUAGGCCGUGUGUAUAGACCUUGCUGGCAGUCCUGA